CAAAAUUUUCCUUAGCUCUGGAUUCUACUGCAUCUAACAGAUAAUAUUGGACAGUGACCUAAUCCCCCACAUGGAGGGACAAGGAAUAAGUGGAACAACCUUGGCGGCUGUGGCGUUUGAAGCUUCGGCGAGCUAUGAACAAAUUAGACCCACCUACCCAUUGGAAACUGUAAGGUUCCUGUUGAAAAAACUCGGAAUUCUAGAACACGACAAGAUUGAAAAUUAUACCUUUACCAGAAAUCUUCCGCUUACUGUUCUUGAAUUAGGAUCCGGCACAGGCAAGUUCACUCGAGUUAUGUUUGAAAUCUUAAGAGGCACCGGGACUCAAAUAAUCGCGAGUGAUCCCACAGGUACAAUGAUACAGCAGUUCCAAAGAGUUUUACCCCGCAUUGAAAUUCUGCAGUGUCGUGCUGAGAAUAUUGCUCUCCCAGACUCGAGUGUUGAUGCAAUUGUAGCAGCGCAUUGUUUUCACUGGUUCGCAAACGAAGAGGCUGUGAGAGAUAUUUGCAGAGUUCUAGUGCCUGGUGGUUCUCUGGGAAUGAUUUGGAUCCUUCCUGAUGAAUCAGUGCCUUGGGUUAAAGAGUUGUUGACAUUUUUUCGCCCGUUGGAAAAUGGUUUCGAGCACACAACCUCAGAAGAAACCAUGAAUAAGAUAUUUCAAGUGGUCGGAAAACUGUUCACUGUCCAAAAGGAUUCGACAACGAGGAAACACUGGCAGCUUACUUACGAUGAAUGUUACAAUACCCUGGCUUCUAAAGGUAUUUUGCAAAGCAGCCCUGAUGAGGUCAAAGAUGGAUUCAAGGUUUGGUUUGAUAAAGUCAUGCGCAAGCAUUUUCCUGAUAUCAAAGAAAACGACUGGAUCCCUUGUCCGUCGGUCACGUUGAUCUGUUGGUGCAAGAAAAAGGAAAUGAUACAAAAUUUAGAAUGA